UGCUUCUUACGACACAACUGUUCAGCUGUGGGAUGCAGUGACGGGCCAGCCAGUCGGCGAGCCCUUGCGAGGACACACUGCCGUAGUUUCAUCAAUUUCAUUCUCACCGGAUGGCACUCGCAUCGUGACUGGGUCUUGGGAUCGCACGGCCAGGCUGUGGGAUACAGCGACGAUGAAGCCAGUUGGUGAGCCCUUGGAGGGACACACGAAGUUUGUUAGUUCAGCAUCAUUCUCGCCGGAUGGUACUUGCAUUGUGACUGGUUCUUGGGACAAAACUAUUCGGCUGUGGGAUGUAGUGACGAGACAACCUAUUGGUGAGCCCUUGCUGGGGCACACUGGUCCGCACUGUCCGCCUGUGGGAUACAACAACCAGGCAGCCAGUUGGUGGGCCCAUGCUGGGGCACACUAGCGUGGUUACAUCAGUCUCAUUCUCUCCAGAUGGCACUCGCAUUGUGACCGGUUCUUGGGACAACACUGUCCGCCUGUGGGAUACAAUAACGCAGAAGCCAGUUGGCCCGCCAUUGCUGGGGCACACCAAUUAUGUUACCUCAGUCUCAUUCUCACCGGAUGGUGCUCGCAUCGUGACCGCUUCUCGGGACAAUACUGUCCGGUUAUGGGAUGCGGCGACCAGGUUGCCCCUUGGUGAACCCUUGCGAGGGCACACCAGUGCCACUAGCUCAGCCUCAUUCUCGCCCGACGGCACUCGCAUCGUAACUAGUUCUUGGGAUUCUACCGUACGGCUGUGGGAUGCAGUGGUUGAGAAGCCCUUGCAACAGUGUGUCAAGUCAGGUCAUACAAUGUCCCCAGAUGAAUAUCGCGUGCACCCCAUCGAGGCCACCACCAUGACACCUAGCACUCAGAACAAACAACUCAUUCGCUUCUCAUCCAAUUCUACUCACGCGCUGUGCAACACAGAUGAGAUGGUGCAGGCAGCAUCCCAUGAUGAUCACAGUUCGACUACCUUUGACCUGAAUCACGACAGUGGGUGGGUGGUAGGACUCAACCGCAGACUCUUGUUCUGGGUGCCGCCUGCUUCUCGACAUGCAUUUUAUUGCCCUCGGACUGCCUUAGUGGUACCUAGAGGAGGUCCAGAGAUUGAUUUGAGCCGCAUGGCACAUGGACAACAUUGGAGAAAAUGUCGAGAGGAGUAAGUAUUUGAGAAUCCUUUUCCUGCCUUGCACUCAAACAAACACUUGCAGACCCUCAUCACGAUGAUAUUUAAUAGUGUCAUGUUUGAAGAGACGAAUACUACGCUAAUACCGUAUUCCCUGAGUCGCUACUGUAAGACCGAAGGGACGGCCUUAGCAACAGUUAUAA